CCCCCUUCCAUAAUGCAUGACGAGGUUUGGAUGCCAUGGCUUUGUGCAUUGCCUCGGACUGAGAUAUGGGCUAUGGGCGGCGCGGAGGACGUGGGAGCGUUGGUUCUGCUCAGAUCUGUAUCCUGUUUUGCUGGUUCAAAGGUUCUUCUGUCGAUGGGGGAGGGGAGGGGAGAGGAUACGUUUCGUGAAGUGGCAUGUUAUGCAUGGAACGGUACUUAUAUGUGAAUGGAACGGUCCGGCGAACCCCCCCUCACGGUGGAAGAUGUAUCGGACUCGUGCUUGAUCGUCUCAGGCUAUUGAUAGACGUCAACGAAGUUAUGCAGGUGUUGUGCUCUCCUCAGCCAGCAUACAUGCAUGUAGUCCGGAGUCUGUCCUGGGUUAGGGAACUCGCCGGUUUACUUGCAUUAAUUUCGGUGCGUCAUGGGUCACGAGGGUGGGUGGCAAGGCGUUGCAUACAUAUAUAUGCACGAGGCAAAACAUUGAAGAUGCCAAGUUGUCAGUGUGUCUUUAAUGCCCAAACAUUGAAUUUUAUCUUUCAUUCCAAUCCCUUUGAUCAAGGCUGGCGGGAGUACAAGUGUCAUUUAUGCGGCUUCCCUUGGCUUCCUUGUCACCGUACAAGAAGACCCCCCAUCUUCCUGCAUUGUACAUGGCUUCGCCU